AGCAAGUUUGUAAUAUUUACAAUUAAAAUCACUUCCGUAGGCAAAGUAUCCUACGGUUUGUCCUCAACAACAAUAUUUAAAAGAGGUCUUAGUUGGUCAUGGGUCCGGAUUAUUUAUGUGGGUCGGGUCAGGAUAUAACCCGAAUUGUAAAAAUAAAAAAUAAAAACCACAUUAAAAUAAAACGAAUUGCAUGCCAGUAUCUGAUCAUCUCCUUCGUAAGACCCUAGACGCCAUUGUCAUCUUCAACCUCUAGUUUCGCCAAACCUGCACCAAAUCGAGUGGUUCUUGGGUGUAACUUGCUUAGUUUUUCGAGGAGAACAAAACCUCAGUGUUCGUUUUAUACGAUUCUCGCUCGUUUGUGAGGAAUCAGAGAAGGAAGGGACGAACCCUAAUUUUUAAAAUUGGGGGUUUUCGUUUUUUUAGUUCCUGACGUUCAAUUUAGGUCCAAGCAAGUGUUUUCAGCAACAAAGGAUGGGCAGGACAAUCAAAAGCAAGAAUAAGGGUGUUGUUAGUUUGUCCGAACCAGCGUCAUCACGAUCCAUAAGACAAAAGAGAGUUGGGACAUCAAGGGGUCAGGAUGGUCCGUCAGGUGGAGCACAACUUGUAGAACAUGAACAUAGUGACAUUCCACGUAGAGCUGAAUGGACGGGUGGUUCAUUGCUGAAGAUCCACUCACACUGGCAAUUAAACGCAUUUAAUGAAAAAAUGGCGAAGAAUUCUAGUAGAGAGGCUGGGUUUCAGUGGGAGAAGGAGAUGACUAUGGAUCAGUUCCGACUGUUUGGGAUAGUUCAGAAAUUUGAAGCAUUAGGUUGGGAAGCCGCUUUAAGUUGCUAUGAUGGUGAAAGUGAAAGGUUGUAUCUGGAUGAUGUUCAACAAUGGGUUGGGACUUUGAAAAUGGACCCUGGUAGACGUCCACCGAAAACAAUGUCGUUGACGGGUAGAGCUGGUGGAGUUGACGUAACAAUGUCAAUGGAGACACUUAAUGAAAUCGCUCGAUUUUAUUCAAAACCAGCCAGUCAAUACAGUUACCCUACUGAGGAAGAAUUAAAACAUCCUGAGAAGCAGUCGACAUGGGAUGUAAUGUUGGAUGAGAUUUUUCUAGAGGGGAAGGGUAGAGGUGCAGAUAAAAAGAAGGAGGAACUAAGAGUACCAGCGAGGUUAUUGUUAACAAUAGUGCAACAACAAGUCAUGCCAAGAAAAAGUGACAGAGCAUCUGUGAGGAAUCCCGAUGUGCCUAUUUUGUACUCUUUGAUCAUGAGCAGACCGAAGAUCUCUUUUAGAUAUCUUGUUAUGAUGAACAUUUGGAUGUCUAGGAAUGAUUUCAAAAGGUGGCAGAUCCCACAUGUUCGUUUGAUUACCGCAUUGCUGAAACGACAUGGGGCAAUUAGAGAGGGUUCUCCUUUUCACAUUGUGCAGAAAAAGUUCACACCAUGGACCUUGGAUGGGUUGAACAAAUUUGGAUGGAAGUAUACCCGAACAGAACGUUACCACAAGUUAAAGCAUCAAGGUAGAAAAUGGAGGGUUUUGAGACCCGAUGCUAGGCAAUUGGAGCCGGGUGAGAGAGAUGAACCUCAGAGUGAUGAUUCAGUGAUGGGUGAAAGUGAUGGUGAAGACGCUGAGGUUGAUGAGGGGCCUUCUGAUAGGGCCAGGGCUGGUGUUGGUUCGAGCAUGCUUCAACUUAGGGGUAUGCAGUUUGGCUUUGAGGAUACUUGUCCAGGGUUGGAUCAGUUGGUGCAGCAGGCAAGACCUUCCGACUAUGGCGAAUGGCCUGCUUAUUAUCAGGCAAUCUUUGAUCAGAAUACCCGAGGCUUUGCGCAAUUAAGAUGGGAUGCUCAGCGAAAUUAUAGUAGGCAGGAGCUUUGGAACCGCAUUCAUGAAUAUACUCACCAAAGGGAGAUCAAUCACAGGGCUGAGGAUGAUCGACAGAGGCGGUUGCACACAGCAUGGCGUACAGGUCAGCCGGUGGUGGAAAACCCACCACACAUUGACUACACUUCCCUUCCGCCUUAUGAUGGUUCAGUUGACUACCCAGUGCCUCCGGUUCACCAUUCAGAGUGGGUGGACCCACACCAAGAGCGCGCUCAAAAUCAGGAGGAAGGUCGGGUAGUAGGAGCAUUUGGAUUCGGGGAAUUUGUGGACACGUUGACGUCCAUCUUUGGACCUCCUCAGCAUCGUUAUCACUGAGCACUCGCUGAUCGGUGUCGAUCAGGUCCAUGUGUUCUUCCUAUCUCUUGUGUUUUGUAUUUUUUUUUCUUAUAUUGUGUGUUGGGUGGUGGUUUAGACCAUAGGCGGUUUGGCGGUGUUUUGUUUUGUUUAUUUGUGUAGGAUUUAUGUGGUUGUCUCUUUGGUGGUGUAAAACAUUAUACUAUGUGUUGGGUAUGGUAUUAGUGGGUUUUUGUCUUGUGUAGAUGGAUGGGUGGUUGAAAUGAGUCGCUUGAAUGGGAUAAAUUGCAUGUUGGUAAAUCACACAUUUGACCAUAAAACCUAUACAUUGGGGACAAUGUAUCCCAAGUGUGGGGAUGAGGGAAGUUUUUGAAAAAUUGAAAAAUUUUAAAUUUUUGUCUUAAAAGCGGUCUAAUCGGGCGUGAAAGCGGCUUUUUCAGUACAUCUACUCGUCUCUGCUUGUGGUGCGCGGGUCCUUAGUCAUGGUCUAAUCUUACAGAAUAGAAUAGUAAUAUGAGCCGUUUUCAGCAGGUGUUUUUAGAAAAAAAAUGUUUAGAACUUGCCUAACUAGGGGUGACAAGUUGUUGGUAAUAAAUGCAUGCACACAUCGGUAACCUUAUUCCCCACGUUAGUGAGAUUUUGAGCCUACUAGACUGUUAGUUGAAUUGAGAUUUAUAUAUUCAUUUGUUGAGAGUAGGUCGUAUGUUUCUCUGUUUUAGAACUUGUGUGAUUCGAUACAUGCUGAGACUUUGGGCUAGAUAUAUGCACAUAAAUGAUAAAGGCACAUUAGGAUCUCCUUUUUCUUUUACACCUUUGAUAACCGAUUACCCAAAAAUUAACCAUAGUAGCCAACUUUGAGCCUUAUACCUGUUCGUUUGUCAAACCCAAGUCAUUAUCCAAACCGACCCGUUACAUUACCAACCGUAAAUGACAAUCUAUGUGUUCAGUUGUUUAUGUUGUUGAAAAAAAAAAAGUAGUAGCGAUGAGAAAAAAGAAAAAAAAAAAGAGAAAAAGAGAAAAUUCAGUCAAGUAAAUAGGCCAAAUGGUCGAAAUAGGCGGCUGGAGAAAAAUAUAUAUUUGUUAUUUAUUAAGUUAGUGUGAAUAAAGAUUGUCAUGUAUUGGUAUCUCCCUAUUCGUUUAGCCACUUAAAAUAGCAAAAACAAAAAAAAAAAAAUCACCACCUUUACCCUAAGCCCAAAACCCGUAAGUCCUUUAGAUAUGUGCGUUGUCUAUGUGAUAGAGUGGAGGUGUGAUUGUCAUACAAGCAUAUGAAUACAGAGUUUCAUGUUCGGUUAAUGAGUGUUUCAUACUAGCGCAUUACAUGCUAGUUCAGAUAUUAAACCGAGGGGAGCGACAGAUUGUGAGGGGUGUGUUGCAUGAAAAUAAAAACCGGGAGCAUGUUAGGCUUAGUUGGGCGAGUUCUGUUUAAAAAUGUGUACUGUGUUUGCUUGCUGAAUUAACACAUCUAAUGCUAAUCAAGGAUGGGGUAUGACUUUGGACCCUAGCUAAUGCAUAGUGGGGGCGUUUGGGGUAUUCGUUAUUUGUCCGUGAUAACGUUUCGAAUGGAGUUGCUUGAGGGCAAGCAAAGGUCAAGUGUGGGGAUGUGAUGGAUGGUAUUUGGAUUGUGAUUUAUAUGCGUUUAAUGUCCAAUCUUAUGCAUAUUUGAGUGUUUAUAUGUGUGGAAUUGGAUAACUAUGAGAAAAUGAUGCUUUGCAGGUUAAAUGUGAAGAUUAGAGGUGUUUUGGAGAAUGCAAAUGGAGAGUAAAUAAAGAUAUCAAAGCAUGAUAUGAUAGAGAAUUGGAUUACAAAGACGUGGGCGCAAACGGGGAAGAAAACGGAGUUAAAACGAAGAAGUUAUGAAGAAAACAGUUUUGUGAAUAAGCUGCCGACAGUAGCCUACGGAUCUGACAGUAGCCUACGGUUCAGGGGUUACGGAAAUCAGGUUUAAUAUGCGAAAAUUAGGUUUUUAUGGGGAUCUUUUACUCCAUUCGACCUGUGACGAUUUUGGGGAGACCAUUAGGGGAUUUUGGGGCAUUCUUCCACAAUUCCACACCUUCCAAUCAUCUCCUAAUCAUCAAUCAUGCAAUUUCUCAUCAAGAUUGAAGAUCAAAUCAAGAGCAUGAGCGGCUAAACCACCUGUGAUCAUCUUCGGGGUUAGGGUUUAUGUACGAAACGUUGGUUUGCUUAUUGUUACAACUUUUUGGAUUAGGAUUCGAUUAAACUUUCGGUUAGUCGUUCCUAUUGUUUUUGUUUUGAUUAAACAUUAUUUGAUUAUCGUAUUCAUUCGUGUUCAUCAAUUA